CGCCGCGGAAGCCGCGUCUGUCGGGGACCCCAGGGCGGCCGGGCGGGCAGGAGGCGGGAGGGAGGCGGGGAGGCCGCGGCUGCCCCGCGCAGUCUUCGCCGCCGCGAUGAAGCGCCCUUGCGAAGGGUCCACUUCCGAGAGCGACAUGGACGAGACCAUAGACGUGGGCAGCGAGAACAAUUACUCGGGGCAAAGUACUAGCUCUGUGAUUAGAUCCAAUUCUCCAACAACAACAUCUCAAAUUAUGGCCAGAAAGAAAAGGAGAGGGAUUAUAGAGAAAAGACGUCGAGAUCGGAUAAAUAACAGUUUGUCUGAGUUGAGACGACUAGUGCCAACUGCUUUUGAAAAACAAGGGUCUGCAAAGUUAGAAAAAGCUGAAAUAUUACAAAUGACGGUGGAUCAUUUAAAGAUGCUUCAGGCAACUGGAGGUAAAGGUUACUUGGACGCCCAUGCUUUGGCCAUGGACUUCAUGAGCAUUGGAUUCCGAGAGUGCCUGACCGAAGUGGCCAGAUACCUGAGCUCAGUGGAAGGCCUGGACUCCUCGGACCCCCUGCGCGUGCGGCUGGUUUCCCAUCUCAGCACUUGCGCCUCGCAGAGGGAGGCCGCAGCUAUGACCUCGUCGCUGGCUCACCACCACCCGCUGCACCCGCACCACUGGGCCGCAGCCUUCCACCACCUCCCCGCAGCCCUGCUGCAGCCCAACGGACUCCACGCCUCCGAGUCAAGCCCUUGUCGCCUCUCCACCACCGAAGUGCCUCCUGCCCAUGGCUCUGCCCUCCUCACAGCCACAUUUGCCCACGCCGAUUCCGCCCUGCGGAUGCCUGCAGCGGGCAGCGUCGCGCCCUGCGUGCCACCUCUCUCCACUUCUCUCUUGUCCCUCUCAGCCACUGUCCACGCAGCUGCCGCAGCGGCCACCGCAGCUGCCCACAGCUUCCCUCUGUCUUUCGCAGGACCGUUCCCCAUGCUACCCCCAAAUGCAGCUGCAGCAGCCGUGGCAGCUGCCACGGCCAUCAGCCCCCCUUUAUCAGUGUCAGCCACCUCCAGCCCUCAGCAGACCAGCAGUGGAACAAACAGUAAACCUUACCGACCCUGGGGGACAGAAGUGGGAGCUUUUUGAGUUUCCCUGGAACUUCUUGCAAUAGUAACUGAAUGUCUUUCAUUUCAGAGUCAGCUUGAAAAACCUCUGCACCCUGAAAGUAGCCAUCUGAUGGCUACAGAUCCGCACAGGAACAAUAAAGCUAUUUCAGACACAAA